AGGUCAACACUACAAAAUGGCGGACACCCGAUGUAGUGCACUUUAUAGGAGAUAGGGGGCGAAUUCAGACACAGUUCGGGGACACCCUUUAAAUUCGACCUUCUUUCACACGAGAUGAGGUGUGUGUUUUGGUGCUAUAGACAACCCACAAUUCUUUGCGUCGUGGUGAACAAACAUGGCAGCGGCUGCACAUUCUGAGAUGUGGCGUUUAAAUAAAGAAGAAAUCCAACAUCCUCAUGGCUCUUCAGUUUUCACCAACAUUACUGGUGAUGAAGAUGGAAGACCGUCUGUUUCAGACAUUACUUCUGCUUGGAGUCUUCUGUUCACAAUGCCUUCACGGUCAGUAUAUUUUGAUCCAGACGAGCAAAACCUGGGAUGAAGCUCAAGCGUUCUGUCGACAGAAUCAUCUGCACUUGGCUACUUUUCACAAUGAAACGGAUUGGGAGAACUUCAGAGAAAUGAUGUCUGCCAGUAACUUCUCAUCCAAAGUCUGGCUGGGACUGUACGUUGACUUCAACACCUGGCGAUGGUCUUACCAGAACCAGAACUUAACAUUGACCGAGUGGGACUCUGGAGAACCCAACAAUGCUAGAGGCAGCGAGGAGUGUGGCGUGCUGAUAAAAGACAGGAACAAGAUCUUGUGGAAUGAUGUUCAUUGUUACGCUCAUCUGAGCUGUGUUUGCUAUCACGCGGAGACGAAGCGAUUCAUCCAUGUUUCCGAUCAGCAGAGGACCUGGCGUGAGGCUCAGCUGUACUGUAGACAACGUUACACAGAUCUGGCCACCAUACGCAACACUGACGAUCACGAUCAGAUCAUCAACUUGAUCUCAGAAAACCUUUACGCCUGGAUCGGCUUGUUUCAGGACUCUUGGAUGUGGUCGGAUGGGACGGCCGUCUCUUCCACUUCUGUCAGACGGUUAACGCAGAUAGAGAGAAUGAAGCGUGCGGAUUGGCCGAUUCUCAGGGUGGAACUGAAGACGGCGCUUGCUCUCUGCUGCUUCCUUUUGUCUGCAGUCAAGGACAGAGAAGACAGAUUGUGAGGUUUGAGGUCAAAUCAAACAGAAGCACCGAGAAUGACGCUGAGAUUCAGGCCGUCAUCUUACAGCAGAUAAACGAGGAGCUGUUGCGUCAUGGGAUGGCAGCGAGCACCAAAGCCACAUGGAGGGUUCAGACAGACGGUCGUCUGUUUCACAAGAGAGACCCUGCAUGGGAAAGAGAGCCGUCUCUUGACCCUACAACUAACUUGAAUGAAACAUGUGACCAGACUGUUGGCCUCUAAAGAUGAAGAACCAAAUCAAAUAAAAACAUA